AUGACCUGGAGGCACCACGUCAGGCUUCUCUUUAUGAUGGGUUUGGCAUUACAGAGCAUCCAUUUGGGAAACAGUUAUCAAAGAAGGAAACAUAAAGGUGGCAGAGAAGAAGCAAAAAAUUUUGCAGCCCCCAAAUUCCAGCAGACAACCCUCAACUGGACUCUGAGUACUUUCAGGGAGGUGAAUGGGAGCGAAGAGGACUGGUGGCUGCGGGGUUCUCCCUAUUCCAGAGCUUAUGGAGAGCGUGCGUCCCUGCGACAGCGCUGCUGCUGGAACGGCGGCACCUGUGUACUGGGCAGCUUCUGCGUGUGCCCAGCCCACUUCACAGGCCGCUACUGCGAGCACGACCAGAGACGCAGCGAUUGCGGCGCCCUGGUGCAUGGAGCCUGGACCUUCAGUGGUUGCCGCCUGUGCAGGUGCGUCUUUGGGGCCCUACAUUGUCUUCCCCGCCAGACGUUCGGCCGCUGUGAUUUGAAAGACUUUCUCCCCUCACAUGCCAAUGGGCCAAGCUCAUAUAGUUUACUGAGUUUUCUCCUCCUGCUGUCCUGUGCCCUCCUGCAGUGCCUUGUCUGUGAAGGAGACUCUAAGUGA